CGACUUUUGGGCUAAACAAUAAUCAGUAUUUUUAGACUUUUAGACCGUAUGCGUUAGAAUUUGAUUUCCUUUUUGAAGAAGAUGACAAAACCAGCUGCCAUGGAUUUAUUGCUGUAGCUGACACUGAUUUUCUAGCUCUCAGUAGUGCAGUGCACGGAGUACUUGAUUUCUCAUUCUAUCUCAAGUCCUUUGCUCAAAAGCCUCAGAUUCCAUGCCCCUGUUUCUGAAUUUCAGAAAAAUCAUACCCCUCUAAGGUUAUGUUUCUUCUCAUAAUUGGAUAUGGAUCAUCGACUUAAAAGGUUGCCUGACUCCUAUUUAAACAGACUUGACCCGGAGAAUGAAGUCAUUUUUUCUACAAUUCAACAACCAUUGGAUAUUGCAGACGUCCACAAGGAUGCGCCUUCAAUUACACAAUUUCCUAACCUUGGUACUUAUUCUCCUACUCUGGACACUGAUUCCGUGCAUAAGUACCUUAGCCAGUUUCUAUUGGAGGAGGAGAGCAUUGAUGGGAACAAUCUGAACAUAUUUUUUGAUCCCAUUGCUCUUAGUGCUACUGAGAAUUCAUUCUACGAAGCCUUGUAUGACAACCCUUCAUCACCUGUUCACAGUAAUGCUGGAAGCUCCAGGUAUGGGGUUGAGCGUAUUGAUCUCCAUAACUCUGACAUUCUGUCUAUUGUUGAUCCCAGGGAAUCUGAAUCAUCUGUAGCCUGUAGGCAUCCUGAUACCCCCGUUAAGUCAUCAAGUCAGGCUAACUCGGAUGGGUUAAACAGUUCUUUAUAUACCUUUGAUAGUGAAUUGUUUUCUCAAAUGGACGCUUUCCUAAGUGCUAAUUCGGUUAGUAAAGUAUUUUUUAAUGAUGAUGCUGAGGCCAUCUUGCAAUUCAAGAGAGGUGUAGAUGAUGCUAAUCGAUUCCUUCAUGCCAAUAAACACUUGGUUAUCAAUUUGAAUAACUACUUGGUUACUCCAGAUCUGUAUAAUGGAAAGAAGCAUUACCAUUCAGACAAAAGUGGGUCAGAAGAAGAAAGCAGAAGCAAGCACUGUGCAGUGUAUGAGGACAUUGAGUUAUCAGAGGUGUUUGACAAGGUUUUGCUAUGUUCUGAUGAUAAUGAUUGUCUACCUAGAGUCGGCACACAACAGAACACGCGAAGUGGUCACAAGAGACAUUUAAAGAAAGGGAGAGAUAGUGGUGAAUUUGUGGAUCUGGAGUCUCUUUUAGUCAGCUGCGCACGAUCUGUUGCUGAUGCUGAUUAUAGGGCUGCAAAAGAUAAAUUACAAAAGAUCAGGCAGCACUCUUCGCCUACUGGCGAUGCAAACCAAAGGCUGGCUAAUUAUUUCGCUGAUGGUCUUGAGGCACGAUUGGCUGGAUCUGGGACGCAAUUGUAUGUGGCUUUAACUCCUAAUAACACCAUAAUCGCAGAGAUGCUAAAAUCCUAUAUGUCAUCUUGGCCAUGGAUGAGAUUAUCAAUUUUCUUUGCAAACAGAAUGAUUUACGAAGUAGCUUCAAAUGGUGCAUCACUGCACGUUAUAGAUUUUGGUAUUCUUUAUGGUAUCCAGUGGCCAACACUUAUCCGGGAUCUUUCACAAAGACCUGGUGGCCCUCCAAAACUUCGAAUAACAGGGAUUGAGCUUCCCCAACCUGGAUUUCGUCCAUCACAAAUGGUAGAUGAGACCGGUCGCCGCUUGGCAAAAUAUUGCGAGCAUUUUAAUGUACCAUUUGAGUACAAUGCCAUAACAAAAAUGAAUUGGGAGAGAAUUAAGAUUGAUGAAUUGAAGCUUGUGAGUGGCGAGGUAGUUGCUGUAAACAGUUUAGUUCGGUUCCAUCACUUAUUGGAUGAGACAGCAGUUGGUGCGGAUAGUCCUAGGGAUGCUGUUUUAAAGUUAAUCAGGGAAGUAAAUCCUCAUAUAUAUGCUCAAACUGUGUGCAGUGGACCUCAAAACUCUCCUUUCUUUGUUACUCGGUUUCGAGAGGCUCUCCUCUUCUAUACUGCUAUCUUUGAUUUGCUUGAUGCUACUUUACCGCGCCAUGAUAAUCAGAGAUUGAAUUUGGAAAAAGAAUUCAUGGGAGGCGAAAUAAUGAAUAUUGUAGCAUGUGAGGGAAAGGAAAGGUUACAAAGGACUGAAACAUGCAAGCAGUGGCAAUCUCGCAUCAUGAGGGCUGGGUUCAAGCCCAUGGCUGUAAACCCUAGACUUGCGAAGAAGUUAAGAUACGAGGCAAGGGAAGGAUAUGACAAAGAUUUUCUGUUUCUGGAAGAUGGCAAUUGGAUAAUCCAGGGAUGGAAAGGUCGGAUUAUUGGCGGCAGCUCUUGCUGGGUAGCAUGACAGGCUCACAAGUCACAACCUGUGUUAUUUGUCGUUGUCAAAAGCUUGGGCACUGUUGGAAUAUUUCUUGAUAAACUUAUGGGCAACUGUGGCAUGAAUAUCUCUAUUGGGAUUUCUAGUAGAGGAUUGGCUUGAAUAAAUUUGCAUGCAACCAUUGUAACUUUGUCUAAAGUAGUUGAACUCGUUGUCUAUGCAGCAUGAGAUUUCGUUGAAUUCCAAUAUGAACAGGAUACAAAAGCACAAAUUGGAGUGGACAAUACAGACUCACCUAAGGCAAUUACGGAGUCCUAUUUUGAUUUGUGUUGUGAUAAGCUUUCAACACAUUAAAACACUGCUGAUAUAUUGUAUUUUAGAAACAGAGACAACUAACACUGAACACAGGGACUGAUUGAUAGUAGAUGAUUUUGUUGUUGAAUGUUUUGCUAAUAUCAAGUUCAGACAUUAUAUAUUUGAGAAAACAGCUUGUAGGUCUGGAGUUCUGAUAUACUAUCGUAUAUCCACAUCCUUCAUCAUCGAGAGAACCAUAUAGCCUGACAAUUGAACUGGAAUUGGUACAGCGAACAGGCCCAAUCCCAGUCUACCUAUAUAGUGCAUUUAAUGGGCAGGUUCCUGCUUGGUCCCUGUCUCAAUGGCCUUCUUAUUCUUCUUUUACUUUGUUGACCGCUGCUAACCGUUUUUUGCUAGUAUCUGUUUGAUAGGAGGCUGGGGUGGUAAAAUAUAUCAUACAACCGGCUUUAUCGUGCGCAUGGUACAACCGAACUUUUUUGGGGCUUUUGCGCUUGGCUUCGCACCAAAUUUCUCCAAUCUAGCUUCGCACCAGACUUCUCGAAUCUGGCUUCGCACCGGACUUUGCACCUGGCCUCUUCAAUCUCGUUUGACUUCUUUGAUCUGAUUUCACACCGAGGCACACUGCUCAUCGCCAACGUUCACCACUCUCCUCCACCUUGUGGUUCGUUGCCACUGCUCAUCACUCACCCUUUCUCCGCCAGUGUUGUUACCUCUCCUCUCUCUUUCUUUCUAGCGUAGUUGUUGGUGUAGUUUUGUUGUUUGAGCUUGUAUUUUCGGAGACAAGGGGAGACUACUUCGUUGCUGAGCAAUCCUCCCUGUUAUUGAUCUUAAAUGAGUUUUAUAUUAAACUUAAAUGAGUAUACGUCUAAAAGGAAUUAACAUACCC